GGAAAGCACUUCGAAAAUAGGUUCAAUUAAAGAAUGCAAAAAAUUCUUAGCAUGUCCUUAAUAGGCAGUUGACUCGAGUGGCUUGUGGUGGUCAGCAUUAAAACCAAGCCAUCGCGAUCGUCAUUGUCCUCAUAGGGGAGGGGGUCAGAGCUCACCUAGCUUCAUAUCAAUCUUCAUUGCCUACACCUACCUUAGGUAGGUAUCGAUUGUAGGCUUCUCCUGCACCCUCCUUCACAAAUUGAGCUGUCACUUAUUUUCUUCCCACCUGCGUGUCAACACCACAAUUGAGGUGUCACCGAAAGUAUUCAUAUCUUCUGUGAACGUAUGAACACCCCAAGCAGAGAACCGAAAAGCGGUGUAAACUUUUGAAGCUGUCGGGGGCUCCAACCACAACCCAACGCCAUUGAUCUCAGAUUUAUACUCAAGAACGGUAUGUUCCGUGUAUUUGAAUAGGCUUAAUUGUUGUAUAAACAGGUCCAUGUGCUAAUUACAUGGCUUCUGACAGGUGAAACCGUCGCAAUGGAUAACAUCACGUCCCGAAUAUAUAUCCCCCCAAGCUGGAACAUUGCACAACCUGCGGAGGACACAAGAGUGACGGACAAUGCAACGGAAAUAUCGAGAGCUUUCGACAACAAUCAUAUUGUACUUCCGGAUUCCGUGGAGGGCUCUCAAGGGGGAACAAGCGUAUGCUCAGAUGAUGUGCAAAUAGCAGCCCAGGGUUCUCACACCGGCCCCUCUGUACCGACGGCGGGAGAACCACUCUGCAGGUCCCACCUCCAACGACUUCCCAACGAGCUUUUGUCGAGUAUAUUUAGCUACCUGGAUUGCCCCAAGCCAUCGGAUGCAAUGCUACUUGGCGAACCAACUUUUGGUUUGACGAGUGCAAAGUAUACGCCUUUAAAAACGAUUUCUAGAGUCUCGAGGCGAUUGAGGGUCCUUGUCAUACCAAUUCUCUUCAGAAAUGCUCGAUUUGAUGACUCGAAAUCCAAGUCUGGAGAACGGGGGCUGAACCAGCAAAUUGAGCCAUUCUACAGCUUUGUCAAGAAACAUCAUUUGAGCAACGUCAUUACCAGUUUUACACUGCUGAUCCAUGAGAAGAGGGUUUUCUAUAUUUCACAAAAAGAAGAUCGGUUAAAUUCCUUCUCUUUCUUCUGGCGUUCUCUAUUUCAACUCAUAGAUCCCAUAAACUUGCUUCUGGUAGCCCAUCCUGCUGCACUUGGUCCUCUCACGGCUUGCCAGGUGAUACUGGAGGACGCUUGGUUACUAGACUGUCCUUGCCACUACCUUCGUCUACAGAGACCAUCUACCCCGCCCUCCUUCGAUGGAUCAUACCACAACUGGACCUCGGCCGAUGAUAUUACAACCGAUCAAGGGCUCACAGCUACGAUAACCGAAAACGCCUCCGAGCAUAAUAUUCCGGGAAUUGCAAACAAAGCCGCCGUGAGAUCUCAAUUCUCAGAUAUGACCAUUGCGCAGACUUCGUCUGGGAGCACGAUACAGGAGCCCCCCAUUCCUUUCUCCGAUUUGGAGCCAUGGGAGCUUCCUCGUGCUAAAAGCUCUACCAUUUUUGAUAUUCGGCCAUGGACAAAACUAUUACUUAAUGAAGGGUCUUUUGUUCGUGCAUAUGCUACUUAUGAAUUCUGGACCCGAAAGCUGCCUUCAGUAAGUACAAUUGUUGUCAAAAAACGUUUGCCAAUUUCAGUGUCUAACAAUUUCAAGAUUCUUUCAGAUCUCUUAGGCGCAGAAGAGGAAACACACAUGCCAUUCAUCAGUCCAACAAUACGGGACAUGUCAUAUAUUGGAAUAUUUCCAACGGAAAGGCAUUUCAGAUUUCUUGCAGAGAACCUGCCGAGACUUAACAAACUAUACGUCCAACUCGUACCGCGCAACAACAUUCUGGAGAUCCCCAGCAAGAUGGUUCAAGUUGAAUUGGAAGACCUGUGGGGCGAGAGAAAUAGCUGUUACGCAUCGUUGGUCAGGGAGCUUUUCAAUUCCCCUCCGUCAAAGAACUACAAACAUCUUCAGGUGUUCGAAUCCGGAGAUGCAGCUGAUAGAGAUGCGUGGCUCAUGGCUGGUAGGUGACUUUGGGAUGAAUCUUUUAAAUAUUCGGACUGAGAGGAAAACGAGACUAAUUUAAUUCGGCAGUGGAAUAUGUCAGGCGGUCAAACAACGGCUGGAAAAUUGCUAGUGACGGCGUUUUCAUGAGAGAUCCAUCGGAAGUCGACAAGGAAAAUGAGAAUACGAAUGAUGGGGAGAACACGACCUUGUCAGUCUGAUGUGAGUAUCUCAUAGAAUCAUGAUGCGCUGACAAGCGACCAGCCAAGGGGCUCUUAUUCGAUGGGCCUGGAAUGGGACGACUCGACUUCCUGUUUCUGCUUUCCCGAUGUACGAACAACCUAUGGGACCCAUGGAUUGAUAUCACUUUGAUGGCAAUUGAUAUGGGUUGAUUGGUACAAUCGUUCCAAGUGAGGGUUACAGUACUGGAUUUGUAGGAAAUAUUGUAUCGUGAUAUAACUUGUAAUUUUUAUUGGAUAUUGUAGGGCUUGAUGUACUUUAUAUAGUAAAAAUUUCUUUAGUUUCUUGGAAUAUAGCGAAAAGAUUCCCC